GAGACUGAGCGCCUCCCGCCGCUGUCGCUGGAGAAAGGGAGUGACUAGUGGCUGAGACUGGAGGGGGCUGGCGAGAGACGGGAUGGCUUAGAAGCCUCUGCCCACAGGACCCACGCAGGGAGAGGCUCUCAGCAGAGUCCGAGGCAGCCCGUGAUGGCUGGUGCUGGAGGGUCCCCUCCAGGGCCCUGAGCGUCCCUGCACCGCCUCGGAGGGACACCCUAGAAGUUAGCAUCAGUGGGACUUGGAAGCUCCAAUCUCAACAAUCAUGGCUGGUGAUUCUAGGAAUGCCAUGAACCAGGAUAUGGAGAUUGGGGUCACUCCCAGGGACCCUAAGAAGAUUCCCAAACAGGCCCGAGAUUACAUCCCCAUCGCCACCGACCGCACGCGCCUCCUGUCAGAGGGCAAGAAGCCGAGGCAGCGCUACAUGGAGAAGAGCGGCAAGUGCAACGUCCAUCACGGCAACGUCCAGGAGACCUACCGCUACCUGAGCGACCUCUUCACCACCCUGGUGGACCUCAAGUGGCGCUUCAACCUGCUUGUCUUCACCAUGGUCUACACCAUCACCUGGCUGUUCUUCGGGUUCAUCUGGUGGCUCAUUGCUUACAUCCGGGGUGACCUGGACCACGUCGGGGACCGGGAGUGGAUCCCUUGUGUAGAGAACCUCAGCGGCUUCGUGUCUGCCUUCCUGUUCUCCAUCGAGACGGAGACCACCAUCGGGUAUGGCUUUCGGGUGAUCACGGAGAAGUGUCCGGAGGGCAUCGUCCUCCUGCUGGUCCAGGCCAUCCUCGGCUCCAUCGUCAACGCCUUCAUGGUGGGGUGCAUGUUCGUCAAGAUCAGCCAGCCCAAGAAGAGAGCUGAGACCCUCAUGUUUUCCAACAACGCCGUCAUCUCACUUCGAGACGAGAAGCUCUGUCUCAUGUUCCGCGUGGGCGACCUUCGCAACUCGCACAUUGUGGAGGCCUCCAUCCGCGCCAAGCUCAUCAAGUCCCGGCAGACCAAGGAGGGCGAGUUCAUCCCCCUGAACCAGACCGACAUCAACGUGGGCUUCGACACGGGGGACGACCGCCUCUUCCUGGUUUCCCCGCUCAUCAUCUGUCACGAGAUCAACGAGAAGAGCCCUUUCUGGGAGAUGUCACGGGCCCAACUGACCCAGGAGGAGUUCGAGGUCGUGGUCAUCCUGGAAGGGAUGGUGGAGGCCACAGGCAUGACUUGCCAAGCACGGAGCUCCUACAUGGAUACCGAGGUGCUCUGGGGCCACCGGUUCACACCAGUCCUCACCUUGGAAAAGGGCUUCUAUGAGGUGGACUACAACACCUUCCACGACACCUAUGAAACCAACACGCCCAGCUGCUGUGCCAAGGAGCUGGCAGAAAUGAAGCGGGAAGGCCGGCUCCUGCAGUACCACCCCAGCCCCCCACUGCCGGGGGGUUGCGUUGGAGCAGAGCUGGGUGCAGAGGCGGAGCAGGAAGGAGAGGAAGAGCCUGAGGGUCUGAGUGGGUCCCAGGAGACCAAGGGCUCUGCGUGAGGACGGCACUCUCCCCGUGACCUCCCCUCAUUCCCCUCUGUGCUCCCUUCUCACAAGCACAGAGGCUGCGGGGCUGGGGUUGAAGGGCUGAGUGGGCUGGGUUGUGUGAAUGUGCUGAGUGUGCUGUUUGGGGGGUGGGGGUGGCCAGGAGCCUUUAAGGCUCUGUAGGGAGGAGUAGUAACCGAGUCCUGGCACCUCCCAGCCCAGGAUCUACUGGAGCAGGUGGCUUCCAGCUGGUCCCCACGGCAGUGCUGUCUCUCCUCCCUGGCCUCUGUCACACGGGCUAAGGGCCAGACCAGGAGGGCUUGUCUCACAGUGAAACACCCAGGUGACCUUUGUCCUCACACCUCUCUCUGCCAACUGGCCCGGAUCACCUUCCUCUUGGGGUUUCACGGACCAAGCGGCAGCCCCCUCCCGCCGAGGGCUGACACCUAGAGAAGGCUGCUGCCCCCUUCCCCUCAUUCCAGCCAUCAUGGAGCCUGUUGUGGAUUCAGGGUGGGAGACUCCUCCAAUCUGGAGGCUCCAAUCCCUGGUUCCCAGGGGAGCUCACAGACCUCGGUGGUUUGGGUCUAGAAUUCCUUGCAAAUCUGCCACCAGUGACCACUCAGAGCGCUAAGGCCCUCACCGCUGGAUCUCAGCAUUACCUGUGAAGUGUGUGCUUUCCCUGCUGUGUUCUGUGGGUCCAAUGUAGCCUGCAGACCACUGCUCUCCUUAGGGUGAUGUUUAGUCGGAGGUCACUUCCUGGCCGCCCCAGCCAUACCGUGCCUGCACCUCCCACCAAAGAGAGAACCCCAGCAGCUGGACCUGUGCUAGGACAUCUGGCCCCAAGAAUCUCAAAGUGCUUCUCACCUUCACUGUGGUUUCCCGCACAGUCUCGGAGCCCAUGAUGUGAUCCAUCCAGGGAGAACGCUGUGGCCAGAGGGCAAGAUGAGCCAGUCGGUGCUGAAGCAGGGAGGGGGAGGGAAGACACACAGAGAAAGGCAAACAAAACCUGAAUUUUAAAAUGAGCAGUGGCACCAGCUGUCACCAAGAUCGCUGACUUCAAGCUUUGCUACCAGGUGAAGCAGGGACGUGAAGCCCAGGGAGAAGCGCCUGCAGGGCUGGUGCCACCUUCCAGCCGAGGUGGGGGACUCUGAGCUGGUGCUGCUGCCCUGGGUCUCCUCUCCGACAGGUGGGGGUCUAAUGAGGUGGCUGGACUGGGAGGGCAGGAAGGAUGGCCAGAAAAGGGGGGUGGGUGCCAUCCUCACCUUGCAAAUGCGGAGAAUCAGAGAAGGGGUGGACAUUAAGAGAGCGCUGAAUGGAGAAGAGCCUUAAAAACAGCAAGGCAUGGGACUUCCCUAAUGGCCCAGUGGUUAGGACUCUGCGCUUUCACUGCUGAGGGCUGGAUCCCGCUUGGUGGGGAACUAGAAUCCCACAGGCCAAGUGGUGCUGCCAAAAAAACCAACAAUGGCAGAAGGCUUUCCCUUUCAGCCAGGAGGCGCAGGAAGAGGACGGACAGACGCUGCAGCUGUCAUGGUGAUGGGGCACAUCUGGUGUGUGGAGGCUGACAGGCUUCCAGUCAGCUGACCUAGACCUGGAGAGAUGUCAGAAGUUCCGGCCACAGAGCUGUGGAGGCCUCCCCACCACCAUGGCAGAGCUCUCGGCUGACCUUUGAAAAGGGAAGCCUCUUUCUGCCCCGGAUGCAAAGCACCUCCCCAGGGAGUCAGAGUAGGACGUUAAGGCUGAGCCAGGUGGACUGGGUUUGGAUUGCAGACUGGGUUUUCCAGGUGCUGGGGCUGCAAAGAAGAGGAGGCAGGCGGCCACACUCAGGGGAGGGGACCCAGUUCUCAGGCAAGGGGCUGGAUCUGGAGAGGUGGGGCCGGGAAGCAGGGAGGAGCAGGGUGUUCCUACAGGUUGGCACUGAGUCCUGACUCCAGGCAGGCAUCCCUCUGUAAUGAAGCAGGUCGUGGAGGGAACCAGGAAUGGGCUGGAAUCCUGUCCUCCAGGGAAAGGAGAGCGGGCAGCCUGGCACACUAAGACUAGAUGCCUUGGGGGUCUUGAGCUAUAGCUGGAACUGUGAAGUGCGUGCCCAUCCUCAGCCCAUGAGAUCCAAGGCUUGCACUGCAGGACUGUUUUGUUCCCCUCCCCUCCACCCAACCAGAUCUAAAUGCUGCCUUCGUCAAAACCCGUCAGUGCCUGCAGGUUUAGAGCGCUCACUGAGGCAGGUUAGCAAGGAUGGGAAAACUACAGGAGAAGCAGGCCUUGCAGCCGGGCUGGGUCCUGGGCUAUUUCACACCUGCCUGCACCUAGCAACCCCAGGUGGCCACGUGAGUCACUCCCCUGUGUCCUAGCUCUGUGGUAGCCCCCACAAAUCCAGGCCACAUCAUGUUUCAGCCAACUGCAGACAUGGUGGAGCCUCAGAAAAGAAGAGACCGGCACCAUCCUCUUGAAAAGCCCCCAGAGGGGCCAGAGCCCUCUGCACUGGUGUGAACUGGGUAGCAAUCCCACUGUGCACCUUAGCUGCUGUUUCUCAAGAAAAUUCAAAGGCAAGAAGGCUGCCUUUUGUAUCCCUAGGCAAUCCUUCUUGGCGACCAACUGAUCAAACUAAAGUCUGAAACACUCCACAAGUAAUUUUCUGAUAGUUCUUCUAUCAACAUGGACUCACUCAAUGUAGAGUCUGAUGAAGGUUGGAACCUCAGUGGAUCACUUUAAAAACACUGAAUCUACCCACAAGCCACCUAUGAGUCCAAGCCCCUAGCCACAUGGUUCUUAGCCCACAUAUCACCUCUGAUGGGUCACAGAGAGGUGAGCCAGGCUGGCUGUGAGGUGGCUAGUCACAAGCCUCAGCAUUUCCAAAAUCCCAAAGAACAUUCUCAUCGGUCAGACCCUAAAGCCUUGGGAGCUAACUUCUUGCUUCAACUUCUGUGUGCUCUGGAACCGUCCCCUGUAAGGGUGAAGCCUCCAGGAGCUCAGAAGAAGGUAAGUCCUCUCCAUUCAUCCUCGCAGCAUCCAUCUGACACCUGCUAGGUCUCCAUGGCCUUGCCCAAAGACACCCGUUCCCAGGUCAGGUUGAACAAGCUUUGCCCAUGACUCUCCCCUCCAGACGCCACCCUCCCUGUGCAGUCAGCCCACUUCCUGUCAUUUCCUUCUGCUGGUCGAGGUCCUAGCUGCAGCAGCUGGCCUUAACGGAGGAGAAGGAGCCCUCAUCCAUCUGGGAGAGCUCUCCUGCUCGUGAUCGGUAAUAGCCAGCACCUUCUGUCACACUCUGGCCCCAUGCCUGCCUUCCAUACAGGCCUCAGCCCUGGGUCUUCCAAGAGUUGAAAGCCACAGACACUUGAAAUUUCUGUAUUGAAGUUGCCCCAAACUAAAACAACUCCCCCUCCCUCUUAAGUUGCCUGCUGUCACCUAAAAAUAUGCCCUGAACACAUCUUUGGGUAAACACCCUCUACUGUGCACCGGCUUUGUGCCCGUGGGUUAGGUCCUUGCCCGGAAGAUGCUGCGUGAUUCUCAAAAGCCUGCUGAGAAACGCUUAGGAACCCAUUGCUGCCAAAGAGAUAACUGAGGUUCAGAGAUGUUAAUUCUGUUGCUCAAGGCCAUAGAUAGUCACAGGACCAUGGGGCCCAGAGCAGAGCCUCCCAAACACAGACGGGCCAUCAUCCUGCAUAAACCCCUUGCCCCCAGGGCAGUGCCUGAGCUCCCUGGAAGGAAGGAAGGAAGACAGCCCCACCUCUCCUGGCCACCCCUGUGUGCUGUGCUGUAGACGUCAGCUUCCAUCCACCAGCAAUGUUCUCCCACGGCAGGAUAAUUGGGAAACACCUUUUUCUGAUUCCAAGGGAAUUAAUGAGCUGUGAAAAGAGAUUAGAUGGGGAAUUAUUGCUUUGGGGAAGAAGCCACUUAUUCUGCUCAACUUGGUUUUUGCUAAACACAUCUUCUUAAACUCCUAUGUCAAAUCUCUUCCUCCCUGUGUAAGACUUGUCAAUCUUCUCAUUAAAAAGAACAGCAUUGCACUGCUGAAAAUUCAUCCAAUAAAGUGGAUUUGAUCUUA